GCUGAUACAGGUUUACAAAUAGCAUAUUUUAUAUAGGGAAGUUAUAAACAUCGUGUCACGACAGACCAAAAAUGUGUUUUGAUAAAUUCGAUGCUUUACAAUAUGACAGAAAGGUGCCUUCAAUUUAGUCAUCUAUGAUUUUAAAACAAUCCGUUUGAAUCUGGAAUUUAAGUUAAUAUUACGCAAUAUUACAUACAGUCUAUACAUCUAAUAUUUGGAAUUAUUUAAGAUGGGAAAUUAUUCAAUAUGCUUCAAGAUUGGAUAUUUUAGAUACGUGACUCAGAAUAUUCGACCAAUGCAGUGCAUUUUAUAGGAUAAUUUCGUAACAACAAAAUAACGAUUGCUAUUUAACCAGUAUUUGGUGUGUGUAGGACUCAGGAUUUGUGCUUUAUAUACAUGUACAUACAGUACAAAUGGAAAACGGCGAAGGUCUUCAGCAUUUGUUGUCAGAGACAUUCGCGGAGUUGUCAGGGAAAUUUAAAGAGUUUAAUGACACAGUGGCUGAAACACAUACAGACGAAGCAAGUGUUAAGAAAAUGCUUGAAUCAGCAUUCGUCUGCUGGGAAGGAAUCACCGGAAUUAUGGAACGGUUUAAAACAGACUUAAGAAAGAGAAAUUUGAUAAAGGAAACUUUAAUGGUACCUCAAAGCCUGCACUUAAAGACUGAAAGUUGGAAACGUGACAGCGGUAUUGACACAGUCUCCUCAAGUGGAUCGCCGUUUGUUUCUACAAAUAGACUUUCUGCAUGUGAUGAUGAUAAUGGCUCACCAGAAAGCGCUGUUAAAUUUAAUCUUAAAUCAACAAACACUUCAUACAGUGAUUUUACAGAAGAUAUAAUUGAGGAGCAACCCGAAUAUUACCAAUCAGAAAUAAGUACUGUUUACAUACAUAUAAUGCCCACCGACCAAACCACGGACGUGUCGGAUUUACGCGAGAGAAUACGGGAUCUGUCACGGGCGACGUUAAAAUCGGACAAUGUUGAACUUCACCUGGUACCGUCUGAUUCUUUUAUUGGAAUACCUGCGUCACGCCAAUCAUCUGUGUCUACCGGAUGCUCUUGUUCCUCUAGACCAUCACGGCAGACGUCUACGUCAUCAGAAGCUCUGAAUUUUGCACGAGGGCGUUUGCCUUCGUCGAAUGAUUCGUUAACCUCCGCCUUGUUGAACUUGUCGUCGAAGAUUCCCGAAGAACAUACGGACUCUUCAGAUGAUCAAAGUUCAAGAUUUGUCUCGAGCUCUGACAGUGAACUAAGCGUAUUGCGAGGCCGGGUACAAAUUACCACAGGAACGCAAACUGAUUUGGAAAACUAUAUAAACGGUAGCGUCAUAAUGGCGCAGUGUUCUGCUCAAACGCAGACCGAAUAACAUUUUCAUAGAAAUGCGUUUUUGACAUUUCGUGAAUAAAUUAUCUUUUCGCAAAACGUUCCUUUUGAGAAAUGGGAAAUGAAUAAAUGCUCACCAUGGAGUAUAUUUAUAUAAAGCUAUAGUUGAAUCAUUGUGAUUAACAUUUAGCUUUUUUUUCAUUUAUACAGAUUUAAAUGCAAAAUGGCUUCUCCGGCUUUUAUAAAAUAAGAAUGUGUGUUUUAAUGAUUUAUUGAUUCUUAGUGUACUCUACAAUCAUUUUGAAUAUCUGUCAUAUUUGAUCUACAUUUGGGAAGCAAAAUAAUGUACCUUAAUACUUCCUGUUAGAGAAACUAAUUUAUUUUGAUACAUGUAUAUCUUUUUUAUUUCAUUUAACCUGUAUUCACGCAGAGUUAUUGUGAUUAACUUAUCUUGUUUGGAAUUUGGACCCGUCUAUUGUCGUUUUCAGGAACUAUCCAAUACCAAGAUAUUAACAUUCUAAAGUCUUGCAGACUAGUAUUUAAAAAUAUUUUUUAUUCAGUAUCCAAUCUUUUCAUUCGGGCAGACGACAUGUUAAUCCAUAAAAUCUGGGCAGCUGACAUUAAAAUUGAAAUCGGGCAGACGAUAUAAAUAAUGUAAUCGAGCAGUCAAAAUUACAUGUAUUAAAACUGAAUAUCGUGCAGCCAUCAAUAUUUAAACUGUCCGCCGACAUUAUUAAGAAUACUGAAAUCGAGCAGACGACAUUAAUGCUGAAACCGUGCAGUCGGCAUUAAUACUGACAUCGGACAGACGACAUUAAUACUAAAAUAGACAGACACCAUAUAUAUUGAAAUCGAGCAACAACAUUAAUACUGAAAUCGAGCAGACGAUAUUAAUACUGAAAUCGAGGUGACGACAUAAAUACUGAAACCGUGCAGUCGGCAUUAACACUAAAAUCGGCCAGACGGCAUUAAUGCUGAUAUCGGGCAGACGACAUUAAUACUAAAAUAGACAGACACCAUUUAUACUGAAAUCGAUUAUAACAUAAAUACUGAAAUCGAGCAGACACCACUUAUACUGAAAUCGAGCAGACACCACUUAUACUAGAAUCGAGCAGACGACAACUACCGCUGAAAUCGAGCAGAUGACAUUAAUGCUGAAAUCGAUUAGACGACAUUAAUACUGAAAUCGAGAAGACGAUAUUAACGCUAAAAUCGGUUAAACGACAUUAAAACUGAAAUCGAGCAGACGAUAUUAACGCUAAAAUCGGUUAAACGACAUUAAAACUGAAAUCGAGCAGAUGAUAUUAACGCUGAAAUCGAGCAGACUACAUUUAAACUGAAAUCGAACAGACGACAUUGAUACUAAAAUCGAGCAGACGAUAUUAAUACUGAAAUAAUGCAGCCGAUAUUAAUACUAAAAUCGAGCAGCUGAUAUUGAUACUGAAAUUGAGCAGACAACUGGACAAUAAUAAAAUGUUGUCAUGAUAGAUUGUUUUAUACUGGUUGCAAGAACCUUUAUUUCCCACGUUUUGCUUAAAUAAAUAAGGUUUCAUUUUCCCAUGUCAGUAAACCCUUAUUUAUACUCGAAAUUCGAUGAUUUUUUGAUUUAUGUUCAUAUUUAACAUUUAAAAAGGAAUGCGUUUUUGUACGAACAUUCUUCAUGCUAAAUAACUAUUAUAUAUACACGUUGUUUUUGUGUUUAAACACAAGUAAAUAUAUACUUAUUCAUAGAAUUUCACGACUCACUUCCUCUUUAAAUAAAGCAUGCACUAAAAAGGUGUUUAUCUAUUUAAUCUUUAUAUCUUUUCACCAGUAUUUCAAAAUUUUUAUGGCGUCUUAACCUCAAUACAGUAAAUGUAUGGUAGCUGAUAAACGCCAUCUCGUAAUUUAACUUAUUCGAUGCAAAAUCCGAGAAAAAACCAUCAGAAAUACGAAGGGUAGACAAAUUACAGACUUUUUGUUUUGCCUUAAAUGAAAAAAAAAGAAAUAAAUAAAUGAAAAAUCAUUUCGUGUUCACAUUUUAAAAGAUAUGUCAUGGCCUCAAUCAGCCACCAUGGAAUAGGGAAAAAAACAUGAGGUAUUGUGUUGCUUUCUUUGCGUGUCAAGGAAUCCAUAUUAGUAAUGAUGCAUUUUUGUGACGACUCUACGAAGUAGUGGUGACAUACAGUGGUCACCUCUCCGUCGUCUGCCUGUCUGACCGUCACAAAACUUGUCCGGACUACUAAUGGCAGGAUCGGUAGGUCAAAUUCUUGUGCAUAUUACACAGGUUUUUAAGUUGAAUGAUUUUUUUUGCCGAGGUAUGGCUAUCAUGAGGGACACUUGACAUCACUGAUGGCCCUUGUUAUAGAAUAUUUGUUUUACAAAAUGUUAUUCUUUCCAUGUAAAUACAAAACAAAGCGGUUUCAUAACCCGAUUGAUUUUAUUGUA